UAUGAGGGCUCCGAUUUAUCGUUUGAACCACACUAAAUGGCAUAGCAAUAUCUUGUACCCAUAUUUUGCGAGAAGACAGAUACCAUUGCAUCAGUGUCUUCACGGAGUCCGUGAGAAAUUCUCCAGUCCUACUCAAGGGUGAGACAUACACUGACUUUGAAAAAGAAUUCUGUUCGAUGCCAUUGUUAGCAUUGGCUGUCGUGCUAACGAGGGAUUCAACACAACGAUAUAUCGUCGGUUGCAGUCUAGAGUUCGCGACCAUAUAACCAAUAUGCUUAUUAACACAAGCGUUCCUACAGUAGAGGAUGUACAAGCGAUCGCAUUAGUAGCGGCAUACUCGGAGAAUGGAUUUGUACUAAUAGCAACAGCCCUUCGCUUCGCCAUACAGAUCGGGCUACCUCUUGCUGUUGAUCAACUCAUCGCGAAAAGUCAUGCACGGCCAAGGGUUAUCACUACCGAUGAGCAAAAUCUUUACCGGUUAUCCAGAGUUUGGCACGGCAUCUGCAACCUUGAGCUUUUUUUCUCCCUCGACGGAGGCAAACUACCAGGCCUGACUCUUCAGAUGUCGUCCAGGAAGAUUAGGAGCCUGCUCGUUCAUCCGGAACGAACAGCGAUAGAUAUCCGACUUCUUUCGCAAGUCGAGCUCAAUAUCAUCCGUACCGAAGCUUAUACCAAGAUCAUGGGUCGGAACAGUGACUUCAUGAUUCAACUCAGCGAAGAUCAGCUUCGAACUACAGUAGAUGACGCUAGAGUUGAGCUGUCACUGUGGCUCGAUGAGUGGACCACUAUCGCAAUGACGGAGCCAGCGCCACACCAACGUGCAAUAGCAUUACAAAAUUUGCAAAUCCAACGGGAGUGGGCGAUGAUGACGCUCUAUCUAAAAGCUGUAUCCUCGUCAGGGAUCGAGAACAUUGCAAUCAUGACCGACUUCCAACGCGACUUCAUACGUAAAGCCAAGGAGGCGGCAAGCUGCCACUUACAUUACAUGCUUCAGUCAUCGCUAACACCAACCUCAUCGCCUGCAUCUCACACUACCACCUCUGGCUCAGCAUAUCUCAGUACUUUCCGCUGGACGCUUGAUUACGUUUGGGCUAAAUGCGCCGUAUCAGUUCUACUCGUUCUCAGGCUAGCCAUUCUUCUCCGCGACCCAGUCCCCUCUGUCAUGGCCCUGCUUCGUGACGCGCACCGCGUGCUAGAAGAGUUGAAGACAGUGACCGUCGGCCAUAUCGCAUAUUUUCAGAUCUUGCAAACCAGCAUCGAGAAAUGCGAAGCCGCUCUCCGAGAGUAUGCAGCGGAACAAAAUUCUGAUCAAGAAAAUUCGAUGGCUGGAACAAGAAAUGGGGCGGCUGAAGACGAGUUCCAGGGCUAUGUGCCAAGCGAGUUUGUGUUCGAGUGGGAUUUUCCUGGGUUAAAUCUCAAACACAUGCCUCUCGGAUGGCAAGAUCUAUUCGUCAACAUAGACAGCUUGUUUUGAAACAAGAAUUUCAACAAGAAGCGGAAAUAUAUACGCAGGUCAUAUUCGGAUGACUGGGUCUAGUAGCCAAGCAUGUACAUUAUGUGCGGAGGCCAACAAGACAUACGACUAUCCAUUCCAUCGCGAUACAUGCUGCCCAGAUGUCGUCUGAAAGGACGAUCUCCACUGCGCGUUACUUAUAAAACAUAAACGAAAUCUUCGUUCUUGAUAUCAGUCAGAUCAUCGAACGCCUUGUCACCCACCCCACUGGCUUGUGCGUUGUCAGCU